CCUUUAUUUAUUGUAUUCAUUUGACUUAGGAGUGCUUUGAACGGUGUUUGUCUCUGAAAGUCCUUGUUUCGUUAAUGGCGCAUGCACUUGAGGACGAGCUUUCCCUUGUGUUUACGCGUUCCUCUCUGCAUUUCCAUCUUUGGUAUCAACAUGACAUGAAAGCAUAACCGACUUGUGUCUUGAAGUGAUCUCUUGGCCCACAUCCAGCACUCUGGUCUGGACAGAUUUUUUGUAUUCUUUCUUUACUUCGCCCAGGAAAAGUGACCGCAAAUCCUCGUCAACGCUCAAGGAUUGAUCGACCACGACGUCUUGACAUACUGUAAGCCAAUUAGGUAGUUUCUCUUCUCAUCUCCGAAACCAUGGCAAACUUCUCGCAACUACGUCGACGACAAUCGUCUCGGGAGAUCCUCUUCCGUCAUCAAUUGCAUGAUGAUCUAGAAGGGCGGGCUCGCCAUCACUCUGUCUCUGGCCGGCCAACCCCUCAAUUUCAGAGGCAGCUCUCGGAAACACCGGAGCAUGAUGAAUUGGCCUCGCUCAUGUGGGAAAUGCGACCUCGAUAUGCAACCAGUGCUGGCGAGCUCAAGAGGAAGCAUAAGCGAGACCGCUUGCGACGAGAGAGCGGACAGAGGCAUGAAUCUGGGGACAAGAAUGAGAGUGGUCCAUUGCCAGUUCCGAAGAAAACUCACCUCGACACCAUAAAGGAUGAAGUCGAACCACCUAGUCGAGUGAGUUCCACCCACUCAUUUGUCCAGCCGCCCGAUCCAGAAGGUGGAGAGACACGUGAAGCGUGGGAUUCCAAGAUCACCUUCAUUCUAGCCACCAUUGGAUAUGCAGUGGGUUUGGGGAAUGUCUGGCGGUUUCCAUAUUUGGCUCAGAAGAAUGGCGGUGGUGCGUUCCUGAUCCCCUAUUGGAUCAUGCUAUUCGCUGAGGGAUUGCCCAUUUUCCUCCUGGAACUGGCCAUAGGACAACGAUUGCGAAAAGGUUCAAUUGGAGUGUGGAAGCAAAUGUCCCCUUAUUUGGGAGGAAUUGGAAUCGCCUCUGGUGUCGUCUCGUUCAAUGUUGCCUUGUAUUAUAACACCAUCAUCGCUUGGUGUCUCAACUAUUUCGUUCGCAGCUUUCAAUUUCCUCUUCCAUGGAGUAUUUGUCCUCCCCUCAAUAGUUCAUUCACCGAGGAAACGGCCGCAAAUUCCUCGAAUUUCAUUCCAGUGGAAGAAUGCGGGUUGAGUAGCCCGACCCAAUACUUCUGGUACCGCGAAACCUUGAACAUAUCCGACGACAUUGAGAAUCCAAACAACUUCAAUUGGAUCAUUUGCUUGUGUUUGUUGGCUUCGUGGGUCUUGGUUUAUCUCUGCAUGGUGAAGGGAAUCACUGAAAACCCCAGUGUGAUUUAUGUGACUGCCAUUUAUCCCUACGUUGUCCUCAUCAUCUUCUUUGUUCGUGGAUUGACUUUGGAAGGAAUGGAAGAUGGAGUCCUGCACUUCUUCACGCCAAGGUGGGAACGUUUGGCUGACCCGUUGGUUUGGCUUGAGGCAGGGACACAGAUCUUCUUCUCCCUGGGUCUCGCUUUCGGGGGUUUGAUUGCUUAUUCAUCCUACAACCCUGUCAAUAACAAUUGUACACGCGAUGCCCUACUCGUGGCUUUCACCAACUGCUGCACCUCCAUGUUUGCUGGUGUUGUCAUUUUCUCUAUCAUGGGUUUCAAAGCCAAUGUUGUCCACAAGGAAUGUUUGGCUCUCCAAAACACGACCCUUCUUAACUACUUCCAAACCACCGACAUCGUUGUUCCCGAAGAUGGAUUUGUUCUCUACACCACUCCUGAGGGAGAACUCCUGAACAAGUCUGUUCCUUUCUGCAGCUUAGCGAAAGAACUUGACAAUUCUGCCAGUGGCACUGGGUUGGCUUUCAUUCUCUUCACUGAGGCCGUGAACCAAUUCCCCUUUGGCAACUUGUGGGCAAUCAUGUUUUUCCUCAUGUUGUUCACUUUGGGUCUGGACUCUCAAUUUGGAACCCUCCAAGGUGUCAUCCAAUGUGUAAUCGAUUUGAAACUAAUGCCCAAUGUUCGGAAAGAGGUCUUGACAGGGGUCAUUUGUGGUGCUUGUCUGGUUAUAUCAAUGGUAUUCUCACAUGGGUCUGGAAACUACAUCUUCACUCUUUUCGAUAACUUCGCCGGUUCCAUCCCGUUACUUGUUAUUGCUCUAAUGGAGUGCAUUGCAGUGGCGUAUGUGUAUGGGAUAAAGAGAUUCUGCGAUGACAUUGAGCUCAUGACUGGAAACCGUCCCAAUUUGUAUUGGAUGAUUUGUUGGAAGUACGUCUCUCCAAUUGCAAUGAGCCUCAUUCUCGUAGCCUCAUUGCUUGAUAUGGCCAUCAAUGGCUCCGGUUACGAAGCAUGGGACAGCGUUUCGGGCCUUAAAACCAUGAAAUCGUGGCCCUUGUGGGCCCAGGGAAUGGCUCUUUUCUUGAUCUCUCUCUCGAUCCUCUGGAUUCCAAUAGUGGCUUUGCUAAAGUAUUGCGGAAUUACUUUAUUGAAACCCGAGCCCGCUGGUUGGUUUCCCGGUGAAGAGCUGAAAAGUUUCUACCAAAUUGAAGACUAUAAGCCCACGAAAGUGGAGAAAACUCUUUUCGGAAUGCGUGACGAUGGAUCCGAGGGAUUGUGCUUUCCCACCAUGCCCCAAGACCACGUGGCCCCCCCUACUCGACCCACGAUCAAGACUGGAGGAGACGACGAAGAAAAUAUCAUGUGAAUCAAUCAAUUCUAGACCCUGAAUGCGGAACAAGAAUGAGAAUAUACCAGAAUACAUCAUCUACAGUACUUAGUAGAACGGUGAAAACCAUGAACCUAACCAACGCGCAGUCUAAAUAGUCUACUUAAAAAGAAUCCCCUUUACUACUGUACAAAGUGUUUCCAACACUGUUAAUGUCCUUUUAAACUUUAGUUUUAUCAUGAUAACUUUUUGGAGAUGAAUAAUAAAAGACAUUUUGAACCCAA